CGCGGAUGACAGAUUCCCGUCCUUUGCUUUCACCUGCAAACAGUAGGUUCUGUCGGAGAGAGGAGGAUGGUCAAAUCCGACUUCUUGUGAUCUACGGUGGGAAAGAAGAGAGAGAUAGAUCCGAGGGUGGGUAGAAUUUAAGGGUUUUGAUUUGUUUUAUUUUUCUCUAGGCCUAUAAAUCGGGGGAUUCAGAGAGAGGGAACAGAAAAUUUUCAAAAUUUUCUUCUAGGUUUUUAGGAGGAACAGAGGAGAGCGAGAAUGGCGAAUUCCCGACAAGAUUCCGGCGCCGUUUUUGGCUCACCUAGCUAGACUUUUCCACCCACCGUUACCCUCCACCUAUUUAUCAGCGUGGCUUCAACUAAUUUGCGUAUCAAGAUCUUUAAAUUUGAAUCUCAAUUUCAAUCUGAAGAAAAAGGAAGCAGUACUUGCCAUGGGAAUUCUUGAAAGGUUUUGGCUGGUCAUCCUUAUUGCAGCACCGUUAGCAGCAAUUGUAGCAGAACCAGCUCCUAUUGCAAAACCUGAUUGUCAAGAUAAAUGUGGUGACGUAAGUAUUCCAUAUCCAUUCGGUACAAGAGAAGGAUGCUACUACAAUGAAGAUUUUCUCAUAAGUUGCAAUGACACUUCUAGUCCCCCAUUAGCAUUUUUAGAUAAUAGUACUAUCAAUGUCAUCAACAUAACUCUUGAAGGGAGGGUGCAGAUAAUGAACCUUAUAGCCCGAGAUUGCUAUGAUAAGUUGGGUAAUCAAAUUACCGUCAGCGGUGGCAGUAACCGUACCGGGCUCCGAUUGAAUUUUAACAGUAUUUAUACUAUCUCUGACAAUGAAAAUAUGUUUCUUGCCGUUGGCUGUGAUACGGGAGCGGAAGUAACAGGUUUCGUCCAAGGCGAUAGAAGAUACACUGCAGGUUGCAAAACCAUAUGUGACAGAAUUGAUUAUGUAGCCAAUGACACAUGUUCUAGCAUCGGCUGUUGCCAGAUAUCCAUUGCCAAAGGAAUGAGCUACAUGGAUAUAACAGUGAGGAGCUACCAAAGUCAUAAAAAAGUUUGGACAUUCAACCCUUGCAGCUAUGGCUUCGUCGUGGAACAAAGUCAGCUCGACUUUUCUCCAAAAUUGCUUCGCGAAUUGCAAAAUGUUAGUAAACUCCCUAUGGUGCUUGAUUGGUCAAUUCGGGACGAGAACGAUAAAUGUGGUAAAACUGAAAAGGCAAAAGCAUGCCAAGGAAACAGCACUUGCGUUCCUGUUGAUGAUAAUGGAUAUCGAUGCAAGUGCUUAGACGGUUAUGAAGGAAAUCCAUACCUACCUAGUGGUUGCCAAGACAGAGAUGAGUGUUCACCCCCUAAUCGCAAUCCUUGUAAAGGAGGUAUGAUCUGCACUAAUACAGAAGGAAAUUAUACAUGUUCGUGCCCCAAAGGUUACCAUCAUGUUGUAAUAAACGAUGAACAAGGUUGUGUUACUGUUCGGCGUAAGUGGAAUCUACUCCUUGGAGGUUGCCUAGGGUUUGGAGUAGCAUGUUUAUUUACUAUUGGUACAUGGCAGUCAUACAAAAUCUUAAAGAAGAGAAGGAAAAUGAAGCUUCAAAGGCAAUUCUUCAAACAAAAUGGAGGUUUAUUAUUGCAGCAACAAUUGUCUUCAACUAUGGGUAAUAUUGAAAAGACUAAAAUAUUUAGUAUCAAGGAGUUGGAGAAGGCAACUAACUAUUUCAAUGGGAAUAGAAUACUUGGUCAGGGAGGCCAAGGAACAGUUUAUAAAGGAAUGUUGGUUGAUGGAAGAAUUAUUGCGGUUAAGAAGUCUAAAGGACUAGAUAAAGCUAAAGUUAAAGAGUUCAUUAAUGAGGUGGUCAUUCUUACACAGAUAAAUCAUAGAAACAUUGUUAAAUUAUUAGGGUGUUGUUUAGAGACUGAAGUUCCUUUGCUAGUUUAUGAAUUCAUCCCCAAUGGGACACUUUUUCAGUACAUACAUGAUGAAAAUGAGGACUUCCCAUUAACUUGGGAAAGACGUGUAACAAUUGCAGCAGAAGUUGCAGGUGCACUGUCUUACUUGCACUCAUCAGCCUCCAUUCCCAUUUACCAUCGAGAUGUCAAGUCCUCAAAUAUUCUACUUGAUGAAAAGUACAAAGCAAAAGUUUCAGACUUUGGGACUUCAAGAUUAAUUUCCAUUGAUCAAACUCAUUUGACCACAAAUGUGAAGGGCACAUUUGGGUACUUGGACCCUGAAUAUUUCCAAUCAAGUCAAUUUACAGAAAAGAGUGAUGUUUACAGCUUUGGAGUUGUCCUUGUUGAACUCUUAACUGGACAGAAACCAAUUUCUUUAACAGAGGUUGAGGAAGCAAGAGGUUUGGCCGCUCAUUUCAUUCUUUCAAUGGAACAGAACAAUCUCUUUAAUAUUCUUGAUCCUCGAGUUAAGGAGAGUUCAGACCUUGAAGAGAUAACAAAGGUUGCUAAACUUGCAUAUCAAUGCUUGAGCUUGAGCGGUAAAAAGCGGCCAAGGAUGAUAGAAGUUGCCGUGGAGUUGGAGCAAAUUUAUCUUUUGCAAAACAAGUCAAAUGGCCAACAAAAUCAUGAAAAGACUAGUUAUGUAAAAAUUGAAGCGACCAACCAAUGGGAUGGUGCCUCCACAAGUACUUUGUCAUUAGACAUAGAGUCAUUAUUUUCAAGUGAAUCAUGAGUAUUGUUAGAAAUGCAAGUGAUUGUAAAUACCAUAUGAGGUCUACAGGUUUCAUUUUAACUUAAUCAAAGUGGGACUUCUCC